CACAACAAGUCGAUUAAUCGAUCCUGAUAUGAGUACGUAGAGGCUGCUCAUUGGAUGGAACCAGAGGACAGAAAGGAGAGGAUGGCUGGGCGAAACCAUUCUCCCAUCUGGCAGAUUUGUAAAGAUUACCGACCGACAGAAAGCUUCCAGAUUCGGUUAUCACGGAGGAUCAGAGGCUCGUGUCGGAAUUAGAUGAUUGCAUUACAAAUCAGGGUAAUUUGGAAAUAAAUUAGCCUCCUAGCGACGCAGGCAGUGACGCAACAUUCCCAGACCGACGGGACGCGGUGAUGGAUGUUUGCACAUUUCCGACAGAAAUGCUCCGUUUUGUAUCCGUUUAGUCGCUGUUACCGCUAAAAGCUCCGGUUCCUGUCAUGGUGUUCCUGCAGAGGCUCGUGCAGCUGUCGGUGCUGAUCCUCCAGAGCGGAUGGUGCGGGGUCGCAUCGAGCCCUACCGAGGAAGGAGCACUCCGGUCCGACCACGGGGAGCACGGAGAACCGGGCCACCAGGAGCCCCACAAGGACUCCUACAGCACAUUCGCCUCCGAGUUUCUGGAGUCCAGAUACCUGUCGGAUGAUGGUUAUCCGUUCCCCACCGCCCCACCAGUGGAUCCUUUUGCCAGGAUCAAAGUCAGUGACUGUGGCGUCACCAAAGGAUGCAUCAGAUAUGGGAAGCCAGGUUGUGACGCCGAGACGUGCGACUACUUCCUGAGUUACCGACGCAUCGGGACAGACGUGGAGUACGAGAUGAGUGCGGACACCGAUGGCUGGGUGGCUGUCGGUUUCUCCUCUGACAAGAAAAUGGGAGGGGACGAUGUGAUGGGGUGUGUGCACGACGAUAACGGGCGCGUGAGGAUUCAUCACUUCUACAACGUCGGCCAGUGGGCCAAGGAGAUCAAGAGGAACCCAGCCCGAGACGAAGAGGGAAUCUUUGACAACAACCGAGUGACCUGUCGCUUCAAGCGUCCGUUGUAUGUCCCCAGAGAGGAAACGCUGGUGGACCUACACCUGUCGUGGUACUACCUGUUUGCUUGGGGACCUGCGAUUCAGGGUUCAAUCACGAGGCAUGACAUCGACAGUCCUCCAGUCAGCGACCACAUGAUAAGCAUCUACAAGUACGAAGACAUCUUCAUGCCUUCCACGGCCUAUCAGACCUUCAACUCUCCCCUCUGCCUGCUGCUCAUCGUUGCGCUCACCUUUUACCUACUCAUGGGAUCGCCAUAAAUCACAGCAGGCCACAGGAGAGGGGACGGAGGAGAGCGAGCAAAACAGCAAUAAUACAUGUUGCCAUUUGACCUUGAUGCAGCGUGCACCUUCCACAAACAGACCGUAUUUACUAAAUGUGACAUAUGUCCAUUAUUACCUUGACAGACUAAUUCAGAUGCUGCAGAAGUAUGUUAGCUCAAAACAAGCCAGCUGCAGAGUUCUGACAACAUGAUUAGUUAAAAAAAAAAAGACAUUUCUUACGUUUUUGCCUUUUCGUCACACCUAAAUGUUCCGGAUCAGCAAACAAAUACCAGGAUCAGCCGAAGACAUCUCAGGUUGUUCUGAAACCGCCGUUUUGGGAUGGUGUUCCUCACAUUACUGUGGAGGAACUUUGUCACACUCUUCUUGACAGAAUACUUAGAUUUUCCAGUUGGAUUGCCGGUAUUAAAGGUGCAACAUGUAAGAAUUCUAUAGGGAAAAAAUCACAAAACAGUUUCAUGCCUCAGUCAUGCUGGAAGGAAGGUUACAGUGAAGCAGAUUUCCUUGUCAGUCUGCUGGGGGGGUGUCAGUUUUUCUCCUUUCAAAUUAACUGAAGAGGGGACUUAGCUACUGUUAGCUACUGUGAGCCCAUGAGGUUGGCAAGUUCAGGCCAAGCUAACACUGCAUCGCCUGCAUUUGUAAUUCAACACCAGCUGGUUAAAAAAAAAACCAGAGUGGUUUAAAGAACCAAAACCAGUAAACAGGCGCGACCCAGAAGCUUUUUCUUGUACCCCCAAGAAGCCACAGCAUCUUUUUUCUCUAAUAGUAGGUGAAGCAGGCUAACAUUGGGCUAACAAUGCUAACAGUGAAUUAGAAGCAAAUAGUUGGCUCUAAAAAUAUCUCAAGCUACUUUUUCAAUCACCAACAACUGGAUAUUACAGGGAAUUGUUUGUGUGAAGGGAAUAAUGAGUCAGUCGGGGCGUUUUACUUCCUCUAAUGAGUCGUUCAGAACUAUAACAGCAAGCUAACAGCAAGCUGGCAAACAAUCACACUUCCUCUAAUGCUACUACUGUAAUUAAUGUAAUAAGUGCUCCCUACCGUAAAACACCCGAGUGCUAGAAUUUGUUCUGGGUUUUCUUCGGAGCAAGACAUGAUGUGUUGCUUUUGAGGUCUGUUCACCUCAUUUCAUGUUGUCAGAUGGGUUUUGUUCAGGGUAACUUUUUACGGUAAGUCAUGUUUGUGUUUACUCAGAAGAUCUUUGUGUGAUUGUGGUCAUUUGUUUGCUUAUCUGAAACAUUUCAGUGACAAAAAACUGAAUUAACCUGUCCGGGGGGGGGGGG